AUGAUUGUUGAUAAAAGAGAUGAAUAUAUUGAAAAAUCAGAAAUUACAAAUGAAAUUAAGGAUUUAAUUAAUAAUUUAACAACCAAUGAUUUAAAUGAUUUAGCAUCAUUGCUCAACCAAAAUUUAAUAUGGAAUAGACCAAGAGGUGAAUUAUUUCAUUGGAUACCUGUGUUAAAUAGAUUUGAUGAAAUUUUUGAAAAAUUAAUUGAUAAAUAUAAUUUAAAUGAUGAUGCUCCAAAAUUAAAAAUUAUAAAUGAUUAUGAUUCGCAAUUAAUUAUAUCAUGUCUUAAAUUCACUCAUGUUUUAUUAUCUAAUUGUUCAGAUAGACUGAUUUAUUCAAGUGCUGACAGAGUUUAUAGUCUUAUAAAUACUCCAACUAUUGAUGUAAGAUUACAUGCUUUAGAAGUUGGUAUUUUGUUAGCGAAAAGAAUUGCUCAAAUAAAUGUACCAAGAUUUCAACCACCAAAACCAACAAAGUUGAAAAUUUUAGAAUUGGCUAAAUUUUAUCCACCUUUAGUAUCAGUUGAUAGUGCUUUAAAGCAAUUGGAAAAGAGUAAAGAUGAUGAAAAUGAAAAACCAAGUAUUAUUGGUGAUCAUUUUAAUUUUAUUGAUACUUUGAAUCCUGGAAAAGAAUAUCCAAAUAAAUGGAAGAGUAUAAAUUUUCAAUUUUAUAAAUCCACUUUAGCUCCAGCUUCAAAAGAUAUCACCAGUCAAAAGGUUCAAAGUGAAUCUCCAUCAAAAGGUAAAAAAGACUUAAAAAAGAAGUCCGAAAAGGAAAAACUUGUAGUUGCUGAAGGUUUACAAAAUUUUGUAUUACCGGAAGAAUCAGUUAAAAAAUUAAAUUUACAACAAAUUUAUGAUAAAGCUUGUGAUAAUAUACCCAAGGAUUCAUGGUUUUUAUUUAGUUUAUCUGCUCAAGUUGCAAAAUCUUUUAAUAGUUUGGAUCUUGAAUUAAGAGAAAAAUUAAUACAAAUUAAAUGUCUUGCUAUUGGAAUUACAUGCUGUAUAUAUUCAAAUCAACAAGUUUCAACAAAAUUACUCGAAGUUGAACCAUAUAAUUUUAGCUUUUUAGUUGAUGCAAUACUGCCAGAGACAAAAUUAAAAACAACCAAAGUUGUUGACGCUGCUUUAAUUGCUUUAGAGAGUAUAUCAAUUAAAAGAGUUUGGGGUGGUGAUAUAAUUCGUUGUAUGGGUGGUAAUGUUAGUCAUGGAACUUUAUUUCAAAUUAUAAGGUAUAUUCAUCAAUUAGUUAAAGAUAAUGAUCCAAGUUAUAAUGAAGAAGCUUAUUUACAUUAUUUUGCAUUACUCGAUAAUUUAAUAAGUACAAAAGGUUUGAUACCUAGAUUAACAACUGGCGCAUUAUUAAUUGAUUUAAUGUCAUUUAUAAAUUUGGAUACCAAGUAUAAACCAACAUGUACUGCUGCUAUUCGUUUAAUUGAAAUUUAUUUACCUACAACUUCAAAUUUAAUAGAUGAUUUUGUAAAUAACAAUGGAUUUAAUAUAUUGAUUGAAUCAGUAGGUAAAGCAGUAAAUAAUGUGUUAAACAAUUAUGAAUUAACUGAUGAUACUUCACCAGUUCCAUAUCAAGAAGCAAGUUAUUUAAGACAAUUGAUGAAAUUAGUUUCUAGUAUAUUAAAUUCAGAUCAAGGUGAUAGAUUAAGAAAUUUAUUUGAUUCUUCAUUACUUGAAAGUUUUAAUAAAAUAGUUGAAAAUCCAAAAUUAUUUGGCGCAAAUAUACUAGCACCUACACUUGAUUCAGUAUUUUUUAUUAUCCAUAAUGAACCAACCGCAUAUUCAAUUUUAAAUGAAGCAAAAGUUAUUGAUACAAUUUUGAAUAAUUACGAAAAUUUAUUCUUGCCAUCAAGUACUUUAUUAAUGUCACUACCUGAAGUUCUUGGUGCAAUUUGUUUGAAUAAUGAUGGUUUGAAAAAAGUUGAAGAGAAAAAUGCAAUUGGUGUAUUUUUCAGAUUAUUCCGUAAUAUUAAGAAUGCAAAAGAUCUAGUUAAAUCUGAUAUGGCAACUAAUUUAGGAUGUUCAUUUGAUGAACUAGGUAGACAUUAUCCAAGUUUAAAACCAAUCAUACUUGAAGAGAUCAAAAAAAUGUUGGAAGAUGUUAGUGAACAUGUUGAAGAAUGGUUUCCAGGAAUGAAAUUUUAUACUUCAGAAAAUGGUUCAUUAUAUCAUAAUAAAAAUCAAGAUAUUCCUUGCAAAGUUGAAGGUGAAGAAGAAAUUUAUACUUGGGAAAAUACUGAACAAUCCUAUGUAUUAGAUAAUGUAUUAUUUUUCCUUGGUGGUUUAUUACCUGAUAGUGGUCAAUGGGGUGCUCAAGCUAUGGAGAAAAUUAAAUUUGAAGUUUGGGCUAAAUUUCUUACAAUUAAAACUGCACCUUUUGAUUAUGGAUUUUCAAAUGGAAUUUCACCUUUAAUGAGUAUUUUGAAAUUUUUUGAUGAUGAAAAUAGAAAUUAUGGUUUACCUGUAGUAAUUUCAAGAUUGAAUGAAGCUUUAAAAGUACAAGUUGUUCAGGAUUAUAUACAUUAUGAAGAAGAAAGAUCUUAUUUUGAAAUAAUUGAUCCUAGUUUAGCAACUGAAUUACUUCAAAAUUUAAAUGUUAUUAAUAUAUUAUUAUGCACAAUUUCAGAAAUUUAUAUCAAUCAUGGAUUAUUAUUUAAUGAAAGAAUUCCUCAAAUUAUUGAUUUAUUUGGCGGUUUAAAUAUUGGCAUACUUACAAAUUUAUCUUUAUUAUUACAAAGAAGUGUAAUCGAAGAAGGAAUAAUUAGAUUAAAUACACCUGAUGAUAUACUAAAUAUUACUUUUAAUUCAGAUAGAGCAAAUUCAGAACCUCCAAUACUUGUAUAUGAAUCAGAUCCAUCAGAUAAUAUUCCACAAUCUAAUGGUACUUCAGCUCAAUUUAAAAAUAUAUUUCAAAUUCGUACAUUAAAUGAUACUUUUCAACAACAUAUUGCACUGAUUUUAAGUUCAAUCACAAGAGCAACUACUCCAAAAAGAGUGCCUCAUAAAGAUGGACCAACUAAAAGAGAAGCUAUUGAAAUAUUACUUGAAAUUGGUAAAAAUUAUACACAAGCCAUUAAAAAGAAAUUUUCAAAUCAAACUUUACAACAAUAUUAUACAUUAAUAAUAUCAAAUAUGAUACUUUAUACAUUGAGUCAAAAAGAUAGAAGUAAAGAACUUGUUUUCACUCCAUUUUUAAGUUCAAUACUUCAACAUGGUUUUUUUAAUAAGAUUAAUGAAAUUGCAAUUACAUUGUGGAGUGAUUUAUUAGCAAUGGAUCAAGAACAAGUUAAAACGACAAGUGAAUUGAAAUAUAUUAAAUUUGAAACUUCAAGUUUAAUUAAGAAUUGUUUGAGUCAAAUAUUAAUGAUUUAUGCAAAAUCAGUUAAUGCAGAUGCAAUUAGUUUAUUAUCUUCUGCAAAAUCAUAUUUUCAUGCUGGUUAUGAUAAUAAUGUUGAUUUUAAUUUAAUUUCUGCUAUUUUAUAUCAAACAAGAUAUUAUGGUUUAGAAUUAAUGAUAAAUUUGAUUGGUUCAAAAUCUCAGUUAACUGAUGAUAAUUAUCAAAAUAUACCUUCUCCAUUAAUUGAACAAACUGUAUCUAUAUCCAAGUAUAUUUUCCAAGGUAAAAAGGAAAUAAAUGGUACUGAAUUUAUCCCUUUUGAUAUAAGGAAUAUUUCUCCACCAUCUGAACAAUUUGCAUAUUUAUUAUCACUUGGUAUGAAUGAAGAUCAAGCAGAACAUUAUUUCCAACAUGAUUUAGAUGUAAAAGAUAUAGCAGAAGGUAAAGUUUUAGAUUGUCCAGAAUUUAAUUUUUCAGAAGAAGAAUGGAAAGAAUUUGCUGAUACAGUAAAAGCAGAUGAAGUUGAUUUUUCAAUUGAUUUUCCAAAAUUUAAACCAACAAGUGAAAUAAUAAAGGAACGUAAGAAUGUUAAAUUUGUUGAUACUUGGUUGAAAAUUGCUCAAUUGUAUCCAAAAGCAGUUGCUACUAUAUCAGAGUUAUUUACUAUUUAUAAUACUGAAGAAGUUGUUAAAAAAUUGACAAAAUUUAUUUCAGAAUUUACUUGGCCUGAAUAUAAUAAUAACGAUGCAUUUAGUGUUUAUUUACAUUUGUUAUCAUUUUUAUUACAAGAUGAUAAAGCAAUUAACAAUCCACGUCCAAUAUUUGAAAAAAUUACAGAUAUACUUAAAUCAGGAGUUUUAUCGAAUGAGGCUGUUAAUAAACCAUUUUUCCCAUAUUUGAUGUUACUAUUAGAACAAUUAUUAAUAUUCAAAGAUGCUCCAGUUCAUGAAGAAACAAAACAUGAAAGUUUAAGAUCAUCGAUUAAGAGUAAACCAUUUAUAAUGGAUCAAGAUUCCUGGAUUGAGAUUUUCAAUCAUUUGCUCAAAAUUAAUGAAAUUGAAGAUUUCAAAUCUGCUAAUGGAAUUGCUCGUGUUUUAGUUUUAUAUGCAAAACAUAGAGAUUGUGUUGAAGAAAUAAAUAAACUCCCAAUUUUAACUAAAUUAAUUUCAUUUAUUGGUUCAGGAAUUAAAGAUAAAACAAUUUUGGAUUCAUUGAAAACAAGUGUUGUUUUAAUAUUAAGAUAUACUUUUGAAACUCGUGAAGUUUUAAAAAAUUAUAUGAGUUAUGAUAUUUCUCAAAUCUUCAAUACUGUUAGACAUAGUCGUGAUUUAAAUACUGUAUUAAAAGAAAAUACUUCUUUAGUAUUUAGAGAACCUACAAUUUUAACUGAUAUUCUUUCGAAAGAAGUUAGAUUGGAAAAUUAUGAUGGUGGUGAUUUUUACAUGAAUAGAAUUCCCAUUAAAAGAGUUAAACCAGAAUCUGAAGAAUCACAAGAUGUUGAUAUGGAGCAAGAAGAUAGUAUUAAAAAUGCAUCAGAAGUUAUGAAUACAUUAUUAUUUGAAUUGAUGAAUGUAAUUAAAACUGAUUGGUUAAGUGAUCCAAAAAAUGACGAAAAACUUAAAGAAAAGGAAAAAGAAACCAAAAAGAAGAAGAAAGAUUUAGAUUUAUUUGCCAAUGCAAAAUUUGCUUAUGCUUGUUUCUUAUUACAAACCAUUACUGAAUUAUUAGGAUCUUAUAAACAAGCGAAAUUGGACUUUUUAACAUUCACCAAAAAACAAUCAUCAGAAGAACGUAAACCAAGAUCAACAGCUUUAAAUUUUUUCAUUCAUCAAUUAAUUACAACUCAACUGUUGGAAGUUUCUGAAGGUAUUUCAUAUGAAAGAAGAUCAGCAGUUUCAUCAAUUACAAAAAUGGCAUUAGCUAGUUUAUUAGCAACACCAGUAUUGGAUGAUAAAAAUGGUGCAAAUAGUAAAAAAGAAGAUCCAGAUUUAGCAUUAAUUAGAAGAUUCUUUGUUGAUUUAUUAAUGAAAGUUUUCAAAGAUAUUAAUAAUUCAAAUACUUUAGCUCAAUCAAAAUAUAGUAAAUUAUUGAAUUUAUUUGACAUGUCUGGUUUAUUACUUUCCACUAAAUUUAAAGAUGCAAUUGGUUCAUUAUUAAAUAAAGAAGCAACUAAAUAUGAUCAAUAUUUCAUGACCAAAGUUUAUGUUGAAAAACAAAUGCCACAACUUUUAACUAAUUUGAUUGCUGAAUUUGAUUUAAAUUUCCCGGAUAUUGAUAAAGUUACAAAAGCUGCUUUAAAACCAAUUACUGUAUUGGGUAAGAAUAAAGUUGAAUAUCAAGAUUUAUUUGCAGAAGAGCAUGGUGAAAAUACUCAAGAUGAAGAUGAUAUUGUACCUGAAGAUGUAGAUGAUAGAGAAGAAACUCCAGAUUUAUUUAAAAAUUCGACUUUGGGAAUGUAUGAUGUUGAUUUUGACAGUGAAGAAGAUAGUUAUGAUGACGAUGAAAUUGAAGUCAUAGAAGACAUGGAUGAAGAUGACGAGGUGGAUGAUGAUGAUUCUUCAGAGCUAUCUGCAAUUGAUUCAAAUAAUGAUGAUCAAGAUAUUGAAAUGGAAGCUGGUAGUGAUUAUGACGAUGAUUCAGAAGAAGGUAGUAGUCUUGAUGAAAUUGAAAUUAUUGAUGAAUUAGAUUUAAGUAGUGGGGAAGGUGAAAUUUCAUCUGAAAAUUAUGGAGAAGAAGAUGAGGAAGCAGAAGAAAGUGAAUAUGAAGAAGAUGAAUUAGAUGGUUGGAUUGAACAAUUUCAAGAUGGUGAUGAAAGUGUAGAUGAAACUGAUGAUAUUAAUCAUCGUCAUCCAGAUACAAAUCCAUUUGGUUUACCUGCAAUUGAAGAUGAAUUUGGUUUAGAUUCAAGAACUAGUAGAAGAGAACCAGCAGGUUAUGGUUUAGUAGCUCCAGAAGAUGAUGAAUCAGAUGAUAAUUUAAGUGAUGUUGAAUCAAGAUCAGGUUUUGAAGUUAGAAUGAUUACCCCAAAUAGAGGUUUAGGAUCAAGAAGAGAUGCUGGAUUCUUAUUUAGAGGUGGUGCAGAUCCAAUGUCUAGUAUGGCUCAAUUAGAAAGAUCUUCACCAGCUUUAUCACAUUUAUUAGAUGGAUUAUUUAGAGAAGGUAACUUUAGAGGUUCAAUUGAAAUUACAAGAGAUGAAGAUAUGAAUCGUGGUCAUUCAACAAUUGGGCGUCUUAUUGAAAAUAUGUUUCAAUUAGGUCAAGCAGCUAAAAGUGUUAAUCAUGAUAGUCUUGUUCACAUUAAAUCAACUAAAGAUCGUUGGAAUGAUGCAUUAAAAAUGUUUUAUCCUCAUGAUAAAGAUGAGUUAGCUUUUAGAGUCAUACCAGCAAUUAUAAAUAGAAUUGAAGAUGAAAGUAUUACAUUAUAUAAAAAGAAAAAAGAAGAAGCUGAAAAGAUUAGAAAAGAACGUGAAGAAAAGAAGAUGAAAGAAAUUGAAGAAGAAAAAAAGAGAAAAGAAGAAGAAGCAAAACAACGUGAAAUUAAUGCUGAUAAUCAACCUCCAAGAGAACCUGUUAUGGUUAGAAUUGGUGAUAGAGAUGUAGAUAUUAGUGGUACUGAAAUUGAUCCUGAUUAUAUUGAAGCAUUACCUGAAGAUAUGAGAGAAGAAGUUUUAGCAUCAUAUGUUAGAGAAAGAAGAGCAAGUGCAACAGCAACAGGCACAGAAUCAAGAGAAAUUGAUCCUGAUUUCUUGGAUGCAUUACCAAAUCUGAUUAGAGAAGAAAUUUUACAACAGGAGUCAAUGGCAAGAAGAUAUGCAGCUUUUGAAGAAUCAAGAACAGGUUUCAACCAUAACGAAGAUGAAGAUGAAGAAGAAGAAGAGGAGGAAGAUUUUGAUAUGGAUGUUGAUGAAAGAAGAGGAUCAAGUGCAGCAGCUUUAUUAAGUGGUGGAGGAAUUGGUUUAGGUGCUGGAAAUAUUGAACCAAGACGUGAAAAUAGAAAGAAGAAUACAAAUAAAGUUUUCUUUACUCCAUUAGUUGAUAAACAAGGUAUCUCAUCAUUAGUUAGGUUAUUAUUUUCUCCACUUCCCAUCAAUCAAAGAGAAAAUAUUUAUCAAGCAUUGUUGUACAUGUGUCAUAAUAAACAAAGUAGAAUUGAAAUUAUGAGUUUAAUGAUUGCUGUACUAAACGAUGGUUUCACAAAUCAACGACCAGUUCAAAAAAUUUAUUUACAAAUUUUUAAAGGUACAGGUGCAAAAGAUAAAAAAGUCUUCAAAUUACCGAUUGGUGCUACUCAAAUUUCAAUUGGUAUACAAAUGGUUGAAGCAAUUGAUUUCUUAUUAGAACGUAAUAGUCAUUUAAGAUAUUAUUUAUUAACUGAACAUGAUAAUUCAUUUAUUGUUAAAAAGAAUAAGCAAGUUAAAGAUAAUAAAUUCCCAAUCAAUUAUUUAUUAACAUUACUUGAUAAUGAAUUAGUUAAAGAAGAUCAAACAUUUUUGGAUUUAUUAGCAAGAGUAUUACAAGUUGCAACUAGACCAUUACAUAUUUUGAAAAAAGAAACUGAUGAAUCAAAUAAAUCACCACCAUUUACUCCACCAACUAUUCCUGAUGAAAAUUAUCGUCAUAUUAUUAAAAUCUUAACUGGUAAUGAAUGUUCAAACUUAACAUUUAGAAGAACAAUUUCAGCAAUGCAAAAUUUUUCAAUAUUACCAAAUGCUCAAAAAAUAUUUUCAUUAGAAUUGUCUGAAAAAGCAAGUGAAUUAGGUAAUAAAAUUAUUCAUGAUUUAGAUAAUUUAACGAAAGAUUUGAAAUUAGGUUUAGGAUCUGAAAGUAAAUCAUUUUUGAAAUUUAGUGCUCAUUCAUCUGAUCAAUCAAAAUUAUUAAGAAUUUUAACUGCUUUAGAUUACAUGUUUGAAAAGGAAAAAAUUAAAGGUGCUAAAGAAAUUGAAGAAUUAACGCAAUUAUAUAACAAAUUAGCUUUAGGUAAUUUAUGGGAUGCACUAAGUGAAUGUUUAAGAAUAUUGGAACAAGAUUCUCAAUUAAAUAAUAUUGCCAAUGCUUUAUUACCAAUAAUCGAAGCAUUAAUGGUUGUUUGUAAGCAUAGUAAAAUUGUUGAAUUGCCUAUAAAAGAUAUAAUGAAAUAUGAAGCUAAGAAGAUUGAUUUUACAAAAGAGCCAAUUGAACAAUUAUUUGUAUCUUUUACUGAUGAACAUAAGAAAAUAUUAAAUCAAAUGGUCAGAAGUAAUCCAAAUUUAAUGAGUGGUCCAUUUGGUAUGUUGGUUAGAAAUCCAAGAGUACUUGAAUUUGAUAAUAAAAAGAAUUAUUUUGAUCGUAAAUUACACAAUGACAACAAGAGAGAAAAUAAUAAAUUAUCAAUAAGUAUAAGACGUGAUCAAGUAUUUUUAGAUUCUUAUAGAUCUUUAUUUUUCAAAUCAAAAGAUGAAUUUAAAAAUAGUAAAUUGGAAAUUAAUUUCAAAGGUGAACAAGGUAUUGAUGCUGGUGGUGUUACAAGAGAAUGGUAUCAAGUAUUAAGUAGACAAAUGUUUAAUCCUGAUUAUGCAUUAUUUACACCUGUCGUUUCUGAUGAAACUACAUUCCAUCCAAAUCGUACAUCAUAUAUUAAUCCAGAACAUUUAUCAUUUUUCAAAUUUAUUGGUAGAAUUAUUGGUAAAGCUAUUUAUGAUAAUUGCUUUUUAGAUUGUCAUUUUUCAAGAGCUGUUUAUAAGAGAAUUUUAGGUACACAACCAUCAUUGAAAGAUAUGGAAACUUUAGAUUUAGAAUAUUUCAAAUCGUUAAUGUGGAUGCUUGAAAAUGAUAUUACUGAUGUUAUUACUGAAGAUUUUUCAGUUGAAACUGAUGAUUAUGGUGAACAUAAAAUUAUUGAUUUAAUUGAAAAUGGUAGAAAUAUUCCAGUUACUGAAGAAAAUAAAUUUGAAUAUGUUAAAAAAGUUGUUGAAUAUAGAUUACAAACGUCAGUUGAAGAACAAAUGGAAAAUUUCUUAAUUGGUUUCCAUGAAAUAAUACCUAAAGAUUUAGUUGCAAUAUUUGAUGAAAAAGAAUUGGAGUUACUAAUUUCUGGUUUACCUGAUAUUGAUGUUUUAGAUUGGCAACAACAUACAUCAUAUCAUAAUUAUUCACCAUCUUCAUUGCAAAUUCAAUGGUUUUGGAGAGCUGUUAAAUCUUUUGAUAAUGAAGAAAGAGCAAGAUUAUUACAAUUUUCAACUGGUACUUCAAAAGUCCCAUUAAAUGGUUUCAAAGAAUUGAGUGGUGCAAGUGGCACUUGUAAAUUUAGUAUUCAUAGAGAUUAUGGUUCAGUUGAUAGAUUACCAUCAUCACAUACAUGUUUUAAUCAAAUUGAUUUACCUGCUUAUGAUAGUUAUGAAGUACUAAGAGGUUCUUUAUUAAUGGCAAUUACGGAAGGUCAUGAAGGAUUUGGAUUAGCAUAA